GACUGUGGGGAGAGAGAGAGAGGGGGGUAGAGAGACGGACAGACAGACACAGCGAGAGAGAGAGAGAGACGGACGGACGGAGGGAGAGAAUGAGUUGUUAAGCUCGUGGACGGUUGAUUUUUAUUUUCUGGAUGUUUAAAAGCGUCGAGUUUGUUUCGGCUGAAGAGCGCGCGGACGUGACAUGUGUUUGUGAGGUGAUGGUCGGAGUUCCCCAGUAAGAUGUAGAAUCCAGACGCAAAGGAAGAGAGACACCGAGAGGAAGGAACCCCACGUCUGAUCCACACAAAAGACAGAGAGAGUUUUAAUCUCUCCAUUCAUUUGUCAGAAAUACUCACAGCUUCCUGUGACCUUUGACCUCCACCGCACCAUGUGUCAUGUGAUUGUAACGUGUCGCUCGAUGCUGUGGACGCUGCUCAGCAUCGUGGCCGCUUUCAGCGAGCUCAUCGCCUUUAUGAGCACCGAUUGGCUAGUCGGAUACCCACGGUCGGCAGACACCGUGUUUUCUCCUCACGGGGCGACGGCGGCGGGCGAGGCGUACCGCCCCACGCUGGGCAUCUACGGCCGAUGCAUCCGGCUGCCCCACUCGCGGCGGGGAGUUCUGUGUGGACCGUACGCGGUGCAUUUCGGAGAAAUCGCCAGCGGGUUCUGGCAAGCCACGUCCAUCUUCCUCGCGGCCGGAAUUCUGCUGCUGUGCGCGGUGGCGUUUAUAUCCGUCUUCACCAUGUGCUUCCAAAGUAUCAUGAAGAAAAGCAUCUUUAAUGUGUGUGGACUGCUGCAGGCCAUCGCAGGUCUGUUUCUGAUACUGGGUCUGAUGUUGUACCCCGCUGGUUGGGGUUGUGAUAAGGUUCAGUUAUACUGCGGUCCGGAGGCGUCACCUUAUAAACUCGGCCUUUGCUCGAUGGGCUGGGCGUUCUAUACGGCGCUGGGCGGCACCAUCCUCACCUUCAUCUGCGCCGUGUUCUCCGCACAGGCUGAGAUCGCCACGUCCAGUGAUAAAGUCCAGGAGGAAAUAGGCGAGGGGAAAAGUCUCAUCUGUCUGCUGUAGAAGAGAUGAUGAUGAUGAUGAUGAUUCUUCAUCAUUGAGACUGGAACACAUCCACAUAAAUCCCCACUCAAUCUGUGGAAAUCUUUUGUACUGUUUUCAAUGUCAAGUUUGUGUUUGUCACUGCAAGCUGAUGUAAAUAUGUGUGUAUAUAAUGUAAAUAUCAUUCAUCAGGAUUAUGAGUUCAUCUCUUAUCUCACCUGAAACCACUGAUCACAUUCAUUCAUUCUCCUCGGACUGGACUGGAGUAUCUGAGUGCUGAGGUUUACCGUAUUAAACCGUGUCUGUCUAUUGAUGAUGAUGUGUACCGCGGUGAACAGUGUCUGUAUGUCUUAUGAUGAUGUGUACCGCGUUAAAGUGUCUGUCUUAUGAUGAUGAUGAUGAUGAUGAUGUGUACCACGGUGAACAGUAUUUGUGUCUGCUUUCUUUGAGAUUUUAGGCUCUAGGGUUUUAGUGGAGGUUUUCUAAGCAAACUCAGAUCAGUAUUUCUGUGUUAAAGAUGAAUUACAGAUCUCAGGUCUGCAAUCAGAUCAAGUGCCAAAAUGAAUGACAGUGUCAGAUUUCAUCGUUUAUGUCUUGAGCCCUGAGAUGUUACAGCCCACAGAGCCAAAGACACGUACUGCCUCUGUCUGUCUGUGUCCGUCUAACUGUCUGUCUGUCUGUCUGUGUCCGUCUAACUGUCUGUCUGUCUGUCUGUCUGUCUCUGUCUGUCUGUCUGUCUGUCUGUCUGUCUGUCUGUCUGU